CAUGGCUGCUUGAAUACUACUCGCAGCCCCUGCCCUCCAGCUCCGCGACAUUACGGAUCCAAAGUCUCCAAUUGCGGGUCGGUUCCGUUGCACACGGUUUUGACACCGCCCUGGGAUAAUACCUCCAGCUGCAGCCGGACCGCACAAUAAAUCGGGUGACAGACUUUGACCCAUAAGCGAUCCGAUCCGUCUGAUGGUAAACUGGUGGAGUUUUUGGCGCGCAAACGCGGUCGGCUGGUGCGAUCAUUUCAUCUCAGGUCUGGUUCUGUUUACGAUCAGAGCAGAGGAGUGAUCAUAACUGGAACUGUGGUCCCCCCACCGGUUCAUGUCAUUCUAAGGACGAUCGGGGAAAUGUCCAGUGAAAGUCAGGGAUUUGUGAAGGGGGAGGCAGCUGCAGCGUUGCCUUCCUCUGCUUCUGCCUCCACACAGGGACCGCCUCUUUCUCCAUCCACCACGUCAAGAGCACCCGAGCUUCCAGAUGAGCUGGUGCAGGCUGGUUGGGCCAAGUGCUGGUCCCGAAGGGAGAACCGGCCGUACUACUUCAACAGAUUCACCAACCAGAGCCUGUGGGAGGUGCCCGUACUGGGUCAACAUGAUGUUAUCUCAGAUCCUUUGGGUUUGAAUGCAGCCCCGGCAGAAAGUGGGGAAAGUAACCUUGGCAAUGGUCAGAGGAAGAGGAGGAGUUCUGGCGAGCAGGGGGCGGGUCCUAACACUUUAAAACGUGCCAAGGUGGAGCCCACCACACCUAUCUCUCCCAGCACCCCUGGAGGAAAACCCUGGAGUUCUGCCCCUGAAGACAAACCGGCACAGACAAAUACCCCUUCGACUCCUGCUACAGCUCCUGCUCCAGCUACAGCUACAGCUACAGCUCCUGCUACAGCUCCUGCUACAGCUACAGCUACAGCUCCAACUCCAGCCCCAUACAGACCCUCUGUAAUCUACUGGGAUCUGGAUGUACAGACAAACGCUGUGAUCAGAGAGCGACCUUCUGCGAUGGACCUGCCGCCCCACCCAGAGAUCGAGCUGCAGAGAGCACAACUGGUCACCAAACUGAGGCAGCAUUACCACGAGCUGUGCCACCAGAGGGAAGGCAUUGACCCGCCGCGGGAAUCAUUCAACCGUUGGCUGCUGGAGAGGAAAGUCAUUGAUAAAGGCCAGGACCCGCUGCUGCCGAGUGACUGUGAGCCAAUCAUCUCUCCGUCCAUGUUCAGGGAGGUGAUGAACGACAUCCCCAUCAGGCUGUCUCGCAUCAAGUACAAAGAGGAGGCCCGGAAGCUGUUGUUUAAAUACGCAGAAGCUGCCAAGAGGAUGAUUGACUCUAGGAACGCGAGUCCUGAGAGCAGAAAGGUGGUCAAGUGGAACGCUGAAGACACCAUGAACUGGCUCCGCAGAGAUCACUCUGCGAGCAAAGAGGACUACAUGGACCGUUUGGAACACCUGAGGCAGCAGUGUGGUCCUCAUGUUACUGCAGUUGCAAAAGACUCUGUUGAGGGCAUUUGCUCCAAGAUCUACCAGCUGUCUGCAGAGUACAGCCGGCGUCUGAGGGAGACCCACAUGGGUCUGCUGCAGGACCCGGCCACAGAGGUGCCUGAAUCCCCACAGCCAUCGCGGCUGGUCUACUGUUAUCCGGUGCGGCUUGCCAUACCAACACCCUCCCUCCCCCGCGUGGAGCUGCACUUUGAGAAUGAUGUCGCGUGUUUACGUUUCAAAGGCGAGAUGGUCAAAGUAAACCGAGGACACUUUAGCAAACUGGAGCUAUUGUACAGAUACAGCUGCAUAGACGACCCUCGCUUUGAAAAAUUCUUGUCCAGAGUGUGGUGCCUCCUAAAAAGAUACCAGGUGAUGUUUGGCAACAGCAACAAUGAGGGGACUGGUCUGCAGGGGGCACUGCCGGUGUCUGUAUUUGAGGCGUUAAACCGGCAGUUUGGUGUUUCUUUCGAGUGUUUUGCUUCACCUUUGAAUUGUUACUUCAAACAGUACUGCUCUGCCUUUCCGGACAUCGAUGGCUUCUUUGGAUCCAGAGGGCCGUUCCUGUCUUUCAGGCCAGUGAGUGGUUCAUUUGAAGCAAACCCCCCCUUCUGUGAGGAGCUCAUGGACAGAAUGGUGACGCACUUUGAGGAUCUGUUGGAACAGUCCUCGGAACCGCUGUCCUUCAUCAUUUUUAUCCCGGAGUGGCGUGACCCGGUGACUCCUGCUCUAACUCGCAUGGAGGAAAGCCGGUUCCUGCGACAUCAGCUAAGCGUCUCAGCCUACGAGCACGAGUAUCGAUCUGGAAGUCAGCACGUCUGCAAGAGAGAAGACAUGUACUACCGGGCUGUCCAUGGAACUGCGGUACUCUUUCUACAGAACGACGCUGGAUUUGCCAAAUGGGCGCCCACACCAGAACGCUUGGCGGAGCUGACAGCAGCAUAUCGGCCUUCUCUGUCCCGCACUUCCUCCCUGUCCUCCCCUGGCCCCGCCCACAUUUCCCCAGGAGACAGAGAUUCCACCCUCAAGGCCUGUGAUAGGACACAGAGCAGUGUGAUGUCCCCCAGUGACCAUGACAACAACAACAACAACAAUGGCAGCACCAGCAGCAGUCCUCAGGACAAGCUGGCUGUGACAGAGGGGCAGAGCUUGUAGUGAUUUUCAUCCCUUGCGCUCUCAUUGACCCUCACCAGCAACUGUAGCACACAAAGGCCGACACAGAAUGCUGCUGUUCCCCCGCCAGCAAGGGUGAAGGCUUCAUCUGACCUGUUCACCACUUCCCCCUCCCUCCGUCUGCUGGCCAUUCUGAUUGGCCGAAGCUCUCACGUGCUGUUUGAGAUUCGGCCGCUCAGAAUUCCAGCAAAAAAAGACUUCCCUGAUGUCUGAGGACUCUCACUGGUUGGCAGCUAUCGUUUCUACAGGACUUGUCUGUCUUUGACAGAAUCUCGCAGAGCUCCCGCCCUCUUUGGUGAAGGAGGACUUGACUGUGCACCUGUUGAGCGCUGGCAGCUGGACUGAUGGGGUCAAACAGAGGGGGCGGGGCCACAGUGAGAUUAUUGUCCGUCUUUUUCUAAACGUUCUUUUUUGUCACUUUCACCUCAGUUUUUCUUUUGCUUUGUAAAUUAAAUUAACAUUGUAGAUUUGUUUAAAAGAAAAUUAUUAUAUGAAUUCAGAUUUACAGCUGGGCCAGUCCAGAAGGACUUUAGUACAGACAGGUCUGGUCUGGUCCAGUCCAGGUUCAGACACUAAGACACUUUUAAUCUCUCAUGGGAGAACACAAAUGAGCUGUGCCCCCCCCCCCACACACACACUUCUGGCCUGACCCAGCAGCUGCCCGCUGCUCUGUGACAGGUGUCAGGUGGCGUCUCUGCACCCAUUUGUAGAUAAUGUACAGUUGGACCGCAUGAGGUCUGUUGAUGCUCUUUUCAGCUGAAUUUUUUGUUGUUGUUUUGGAUUAAUUUAACCUUUUUAAAAGAGAUGUGUUUGUGUAUUCACGGCCCAAUAGUUUGUUUUAACCCAAACCAAAGUGUUGUUUAUAGGAUAUAAAUGUGUAUGUACAGGACAGGUGUUUAUCUGUGUGAGCUGGGACUCUCCUCGCCUCACCAUCUCUUCUUUUAGUUGUGCAUGAAAAAAUUUGGACCGCACACAAUCGCAGAGCAGCAUUUAAGGAAAAAGUUCAGAGUUGGAACAGAACCUGAAAAACCUGAAGCGGUUUUUUUUCUGCCACAGCUGAAGGUGUGUUCUCCCGAGAGUUGAUGUCGUCUUUAUUUCUGACUCUCAGAUCGUCAAAUGCUCUCUUACCUCCUCAACAGGUUGGUCCUGUUUCUUAGCAGAAGAGCGGUUUCCUCUUCCACAAUAGGAGGGUGACGGGAGGCAUUUCUGGUUUGUGUUCAGGGAGCCGCAGGACUCGGUUACCAGUCCAGCAGAGGGGUUGUUCAGUAUAAGUCUGUUCAGACUCAAUUUUUGUUGUCCUUAAUACUGCCUGCAGACAAACUGCAACUCCUCUCCAAGUAAAAAGUAUCCAGCCCAGUACAACAGCGUGUAGCUUGUCUUCAUUGUCCCUCAGGUUUGAGCAGCUUUGUUAUUGUUAUGACAUUUCAGAUCUCAUUGAUUUGGAACAGGUUAGUUGCAUCAGGUUUCUCAAAAGGUUUAACUAAAAACAUGCAAAACUGGACUAUAAAAUGAGCAAAUACAGCAGAACCAUGCAAAGGUGUAAUCCUAAAAGCGAAAAGUAUGUUGUUGCAUCAAAAAUGGUUACAAAAAUAAAGUUAGAGAAUC